CAAUUCCUCCCACCUACGUGUUUCCUGGUUCAGUCUUGUGACCCGUUAGACUAAAACUCCUUCCUUGAAGCACUUCUUUCCUCCAUUCCGUGUGUUCUGGUCUUUGGAAAAUCUUUCUUUUCUAGUACAAAGGCAAUAUCUUUCUUCUCGUUUUAAGAAGAUGAUAGCCUCACCUCUUCUUUCGCAACAAAUCCAGGAGAAAUGGAGAGGUCUGCUCAUGUCUUCCUCUUCUCAUUCGUGUUCUUCUUUUCCUUCUCCUUACUCUUCGAUUAUGGGUUGGCGGGCACUUCGUUCGAGCUGGUCCGAAACCAGAGAGAAAUCAUGAAAAACCUCUCGCAGAGCCUCCCCACGUCUCCAUCAAAUCUGCUGUGGAACACCACGAACCCAGAUCCCUGCCAUUGGAGUCGGGUUGUCUGCUCCCCUGCGCCCGCGUCCAAUGUGACGGGUCUCACCCUUUCCGGCCUCCGCCUUGGGUCUGCCAAUGCCUCCAUAUCUUCUAUCUUUGACCUCCUCUGCCGCCUAAAUUCCUUGGAGUUUCUCGACCUCUCCCAAAACUCCCUCACUAUCAUCCCCUCCUGCUCCGGUCUUUCCAAGGUGAAGUCUCUCAACCUCAGCUACAAUCACUGGAAAGCUCCUCUGCCUAGUUUCUCGAGUUUUGAAUCCUUGGAAUCUUUGGAUCUGUCUUUUAACCACUUGGAAGAUGUGGGUACCCAACUGGAUGGGCUCAGACGAUUGAAAAGAUUCAAUCUUUCUGCUAAUUCCUUCAACGGCACCAUCCCAGUUGGUGGUCGUGGUGGGAAAUUUCCGAGCUUGGAAGCCCUGGUGCUCUCCAUCAAUCACUUCCAAGGUGAUAUCCGAUGGAUUUUAGAUUAUAAGAACCUUUCCAUGUUGGAUCUCAGUCAAAAUGACCUUAGCGGUCCUAUUCCGGAUGGUAUCCAGAGGCUUUCCAAGUUGGAAAAUCUCAUCCUUUCUUCCAAUAAUCUCACUGGGAAAAUCCCUGAUGGUUUGGCAAUGAUCAAGAACUUGUCCCGAUUCGCCGCGAAUCAAAACAAGUUCAAUGGUUCUAUUCCACCUGGAAUUACUAAGCAUCUGAAAAUUUUGGACCUCAGCUACAAUAACCUCACCGGAAAGAUCCCAUCUGGCCUCCUCUCUCCACCUACUUUAGCUUCUGUGGAUCUGACCGGCAACCGACUUGAAGGCCCUAUCCCUGAGAAUUUGUCCCACAGUCUCUACCGACUGCGACUGGGAGGAAAUUCGCUCAAUGGGAGCAUCCCGUCGGCAAUCGGACAGGUCGCAGCUCUGACAUAUCUUGAGUUGGAUGGCAAUCAUUUGAAUGGAAGCAUUCCAUCACAGCUGGGGCACUGUAGGAAUCUGACUCUGUUGAAUCUGGCUUCCAAUCAGUUGCAAGGGAGGUUGCUGAAGGAUUUGGGUAAUCUGCAACUACUAGUAGUUUUGAAGCUUCAAGGGAAUCAUCUUAGUGGAGAAAUACCUAAUGAGUUCCUCCAGUUAGGGAACUUGAGCACUCUCAAUCUUAGCCAGAAUUUACUCUCUGGGCAGAUACCUUCCUUAAUUUCCAGGUUGAAGAAUCUUCAAGUCCUCAAUUUACAAAGUAAUGAAUUCAAUGGUUCAAUACCAAAUAAUAUUAGUGCCUUGGCAUCCCUGCAUGAGCUCCAGUUAGGAAACAACAAAUUGAGUGGAACCAUUCCAGAUAUGCCAACUAGCUUGACAGUUUUGAAUCUCACCAGCAACCUCUUUAGGGGACCCAUACCUUCAAGUCUUAGGGAGUUAUCUAACUUGGAGAUUCUUGAUCUCUCAAACAAUAAAUUUAGUGGUGAGGUUCCAAAUUUUCUUACUCAAAUUCAUACCCUGACAGAACUGGUGCUCUCUAAUAAUCAGCUCUCUGGGGUGCUUCCUAACUUUCCUUCAUAUGUCACUGUCAUUGCCAGUGGAAACCAACUCAUAAACUCAAAUACAAGUUCUGAGAUUAGGAUAAAAAGAAACACAAAUGCUUUAAUCAUCAUUGCAGCUGUUGCUAGUGCCGCUAUUGGUUUGGGCUUGGUGGCAGCUGUUCUUCGACUAAUGGUUUCUAAGCAGUUCUAUUGGGUUGAAGAUGAAGGUAUACAGCCAGCAGAGAACCUUCCUCAAGUAAUUAAUGGUUCUUUCAUAACAGCAAAUGGUAUUCACAGGUCUAGCAUCGACUUCACCAAAACAAUGGAAAUUGUUAGUAAUCCAAGCAACAUAAUAAUGAAGACUAGGUUCUCUACCUACUACAAGGCCACCAUGCCCAAUGAGGUAAGCUAUACUGUAAAGAAGCUCAACUGGACUGACAAGAUUUUCCAAAUGGGGAGCCAUGAAAGGUUUGGGAAAGAACUCGAGGUCUUAGGGAGGCUGAGCAGUUCAAAUGUCAUGGUUCCACUGGCAUAUGUCUUGACGGUAGAUAGUGCUUACCUGUUCUAUGAACAUGUACACAAGGGGACUGUGUUUGAUUUUCUUCACAAGGGCUUGGAAAAUGCUUUGGAUUGGCCAUCUCGUUACAGCAUAGCAUUGGGGGUAGCUCAAGGAUUGACUUUUCUCCAUGGGUGCAAUCAGCCAGUUCUCCUUCUUGAUCUUUCAACUAAGAGUAUCCACUUGAAGUCGGUUAAGGAGCCUCAAAUAGGAGAUGUUGAGCUCUGCAAAGCUAUCGAUCCUUCUAAAAGCACUGGAAGCCUUUCUACUGUUGCUGGCUCUGUUGGAUACAUUCCUCCAGAGUAUGCAUACACGAUGAGGGUGACAAUGCCCGGCAAUGUUUACAGUUUUGGGGUCAUCUUGCUGGAAUUGCUGACUGGAAAACCACCAGUGAUUGGGGGAAUUGAGUUAGCUAAGUGGGCACUGCGCUGCUCCGCUAGGCCUGAAGAAAGGGAAAAGAUACUUGAUUCUAGGGUUUCUCAAGCAUCACUUGCAGUUCAUAGUCAGAUGCUGUCAGUUCUGAAGGUUGCCCUGGCUUGUGUUAGUAUCUCACCAGAUGCAAGGCCCAAGAUGCGGAAUGUGUUGAGAAUGCUAUUCAACGCAAGCUAAUGGCACAGGCAACUGAAGAAAAAUGCGUUUUGCCAUAUGAGAAAGGUGGGUGGUUAGUAGAUACACCCAAACUUAAAUGUUAUAUAGGAGCUUAGCAGUUGUUUUCUCUUCAUUUAGUCAAUCCACACCCUUCUUUGUAUCAUAAUGUGAGACCACAGUCCUUUCCUUUUUUCUGACCGACUCCCUAGAUAUAAUUGGAAGCAGUCAAUAGUACAAAGUAAUGGUAAAGAGAGGAGACCAUAGUUUUGUUGAAAUUUUUGCUUUAUAUGUAGUAAAAGCAUAAGGAACGGUUGCUUCUGCUUCAAGCUAGUAUUUUCAUUCAGGCUCGAGAAUUAUCCACA